GGGGAGCUUUAAAUUCACUUUCUCCACGUUAGCGAAUGUCGGCUGCCUGCGAAUGCUGCUUUUCCAACUCAGGGAGAGUUUGAGCUGCGGUGGAAAAUGCCCAGGAGGAAGCAAUCCAACCCGCAACCUGUGAAAAGUUCUGGUGGUUUGGAGUUUGCUGAUGCGGGCGACAAUGGUGAUUUUCCCCCAAGCUGCAAAAGACUCAAGGUUGAAAAGGAUUUCCGGACGGCUGCCCAAGCUGAAUCUACUGCCAGGCCACCCAACGAUUCCCGGGACAGUCGUGAUGCCCCCUUUCCCCAGACGAACGGCUUUGUCAGUCAGUGUCAUCUGGAAGCCAGCAUGGAAGUUGCACUGGAAGAGGACUGUAGUCUUGAGGAAUCUUCCUUGUACUGUGAAAGUCUCAGCCAAACCAAAGUACCGGGUGGUGAGGAACUGUACAAAUGUUCGUACUGCAGUUACACAGCUAAGCAGGCAGACAAAUUGAAGCAUCAUUUCCUGAUUCACGAAGGCCAGAAGGCUUCACGGUGUGUCGAAGAGCCUGACCAGUCCCAGAGAAGGCCAGUCGAGUGCACUGGCUGUCACGUCGCCUGCGAUCAUAUGAUAACCCCAGCUCGGCACGCGAGCCAGCCUUCAACAGAAAUGAAGGACGGCACAGUUUCGAGGGAACCUGUGCCCUCGGAAACGGGUAAUACCUCUGCUGCCGUAGGAAGUGAGAAGAAAUUUUACAAUUGCUCGUAUUGCAACUACACAUCAUCACUAAUGGGGAAUCUACAGCGCCAUAUCCGCAUUCACCUAGGAGAGAAGCCCUUCAAGUGCGACCAGUGUUACUAUGCAACCGGCCAGUCAGGGAACCUGAAACGGCACAAGCUAAUCCAUACCCAGAAGAAGUCCUUCAUCUGUAACCAGUGUGACUAUGCUUCCGUCCAGAUGGGUAAUCUCAAACGACACAUGCUGACGCACUCGAGGAAGAAGUGCUUCAAAUGCGGCCAGUGUGAGUACGAAGGAGAAAGUAUGGCUGAUUUAAUGAGGCACAAGCAAAACCACAAAGAUGACAAAGGGUCAAUGGACAAUCCACAAGCAGACACAGUCGAGGUGAAGGAAAGUAGUGAGGAGAAGCCUUAUAAAUGUUUGUACUGUAGCUACGCCUCGCCGCUGCUGGGGAACCUGCAGCGACACACGCGUAUCCACCUGGGGGAAAAGCCCUUUAAGUGUGACAAGUGCAGUUACUCCUCUUGUCAGAUGGGGAACCUUAAACGCCACCUGCUGACACACACGCGUGAGAAGAUGCUCAGCUGCCGGCACUGCGGCUACAUCUGCGGUAACGCAGUGGAUUUGAGGCAGCACAAGCAGAUUCACGUUAAGGUCAAGCUCUCACUGGAUGAGGUGAAACCUCCAGUGAGUGAGCAGAGUACGAGUGAUCCAGUCCCAUCUGAGCCGGCCGAAGUGGGCGCCGGGGACAAAAAGCCUUACAAGUGUUCGUAUUGUGAUUACACAUCGUUAUUGCUGGGGAAUCUCCAAAGGCACACAAGAAUUCAUCUUGGAGAGAAACCCUUUAAGUGUGACCAGUGUGACUAUGCAACCUACCAGUCUGGGCACCUCAAGAGGCACAGACAAACUCAUAUGCACAAAAGGUCACUCAAGUGCCGCUUGUGUGACUGUGUCUGUGGUAACAUGACGGAGCUUAAGCAACAUCAACAAGAGCACACAACGAGCAGCGGAAGCGGGGAAAAGAAGCCUUAUAAAUGUACGUACUGUAAUUACGUGUCGUCCUUGUCGGGGAAUCUCCAGAGACACCUGCGCAUUCACCUGGGAGAAAAACCCUUCAAGUGCGACCAGUGCGAAUACGCGUCUCACCAGUCUGGAAACCUCAAGCGGCACCUGUUAACGCACACGCGGCCCAAGUCCUUCAAGUGCGGCAUCUGCUACUGUACGUGUGCCAGCGCGGAGGAGCUCAGGGACCAUAAGGAGGGUCACAUCAAGAAAGAAUCACUGACGUGGGAGGGGAGUGAGAAGCCUCAGGAGCUUUAUGCCUGUAAGCUGUGCAGUUUUGUCUCAGAGUAUCCGGGUCAUCUCAUGAGGCACAUGAAAACUCACAACGCAGAAAAGCCAUACAAGUGUCACUAUUGUUCGUAUGCCACAGUACAACAGGGUAACCUCAAACGGCACAUACUGAUCCACACCGGGGAGAAGCCCUUCCAGUGUGACGAGUGUAGUUACACCUGCAGCCGAAUGGAGAAUCUGAAACGGCACAGACAAACGCACGUGGAGAAGGCCUCGCCGGGCGAAGGCAGCAGUCUGGCAAAAUCCGAGAAAUCCUUUCCUUGUGAGCUGUGCGAUUUUAAGGCGCGGUACCCCAGUAUCCUUGCGAGGCACGUGAAAACUCAUGCGGACGUGGCCGAGAAGGUGGAGGGUGCCCAGAGGAAUGGCCCAGAUAUAAAGCCCUUCAAGUGUGACCGGUGCACUUACUGUAGCAGCAGUGCGACGAGCUGGAAAGCACACUUACAGAGUCACCUGGACGAUGAAGUGGCACCGCAGCACCAGGAGGAAAGCAAGACUGAAACUGCCCCGAAAGAUUUCUCUUGCAACCUGUGUGACUUCAUUACCCAGUACCCAGAUGACCUAAUGAGGCACAUUAAAACACACAACAUGGACUCUGAACGCAAUGAUCCCCAGACCCCUUCCGCUGAGGUACACACAGGUAAAGAGAGUGAAAACAUUUUCUCUUGUAAGUCGUGCAAUUUUGUCACCCAGUACCCUAACCAUUUCAUAAUGCAUAUGAAAACACACAUGAAAACUCUCAGCACUAGCAAUAGUGAAUACCAGUGUUCUCAUUGCAACUACAGCACCAAGCAAAGUGGGAAUUUCAAGCGUCACAUCCAGAUUCACUUGGGUAUAAAACCAUAUAAAUGUAAGAAGUGCAGCUAUGCUUCAAUUAACUUUGCAAACUUGAAGAGGCACUUACAGACCCAUAUCAAGCAAGCGUCUGACCAAACUAAUCCCUCCUCAUCCAAUACGUUUGAACUUUUCCAAAAGGACAUAAAAACGGAGAGCGAAGAUGAUCCCUGCUCGCAGGAAGAACACCUUGAAAGUGAUGACAAGCGGCCCAGCUGUAGAAAUUUGAAAUGGAAGAGACAAUAUAAAUGCUCUCAGUGCUAUUACAAAAGUACCGAGCUGGGAAACCUCAACAGACACAUCAGGAGUCACAGAGGAGAAAAACCCUUUAAGUGCACUCAGUGCGAUUAUGCUUCCACCCAGAUGGUCAACGUUAAGCGGCACCUUCAAACACACACAGGAAAGAAGCCCUUCCAGUGCCCCCAGUGCAAGCUUGUGUGUGAGAGCAGAGAGGCCCUAAAGCUCCACAAGCAGAGUCACGAGGCGAGUGCAGUGAUAAAGCAGGAGGGGGAGAGUGAAAAUAGCACUGGCAAAGAGCAGAAAGUCUUCACUUGCAAGUUGUGUAGCUUUGCCUCUCAGUAUCAGAGCAACCUCAUAAGACACAUGAACAUACACAACUAUAAGAGGCCGUAUAAAUGUUCACAGUGUAACUACGUCUCUGCCCAGAUGGGCAAUCUGAAGCGACACAUGAGGAACCACCUCCAGAGCGAAACCUUCCAGUGUGAGCAGUGCAACUAUUCAUGUGCUUCCAUGACUAACCUCAAACGACACGCCAGGGUUCACUCAAGUCAAAGUCCAGCUGUAGAAUAAAGGGAAAUCUUGUGUCGGAAAGGUCAAAGAGCCCACGGUUCAACAAGUUAGAUUGCUUGCGAUGGGCAGCAUUCAUAAUCUUAGAGCGCUGAUGUAGAACCUGUCACUUAUCCCAGUGAUGGGACAUGUGCCGGCAUUCACACCUCUUCAGUGCGAGCAGUUACAGAGGCUAAUGGGCCUCAAUAGGGAUAAACGAACAUUGGGGAGAGCUUUACAACGAUACUUGAAAUCACUGUAAAUCUUAAAAAUACAUUUGUGAACGUAAGUUCUGUUGGAACAUAAGAGUGGAGUUUUCCCAGAAGGUCUCUUUGGGGUAUACACCUGUUUUGCUUUUUGGUAAAUUCCAAUUAAGAAGGUGAAAAUCAGAGGCCAAACUUUCGGUGAACUAUCAAACUUAAGUUGCUCAAUGAGGAAGAAUUUCACUCAGUGAUUGGUUAUAUUGAAACAAGAAAAAAAUAUAAUAGCAUUCAUACUAUUGUUAAAAUUGGGCAAAUGGGUCCAGGAGGGAAGCUGAUUCUUUUUUUUCCAUCCACAUCAUUGCUUUAAGUUUAAGAUGAUGUAAAUAGGCAUUAACAGGUAAAUAACCAACUGAAUGUACGUUAGCAGGUAAGAGUUACUGCAGAUGCGUAAUCUAGCAGUGAUCGCUGAACAGCUAUGUAGACAAAGCUGUCCAUGAAUUUCACUUCCUUGUGGGGCUGAGCCUUUUUGUUUUGGUUUCCCAGGAAUCCUACAGUAGCUUUACACUGGGGUCGUUGAUUUAGUUUAAAUUUGAGCUGUGUUCAAUUACAUUAAAUACUAAAGCAUGGGUUGUGAUUUUUUUUUGGAUAAUUUAUAUAUUUAGUAAUAAUCAGAGAGAAUUCAUUAUUAUAUGUUUCUGAAUUUCAUCUCAAUCUGUUACCCUACCAAACAACAUAUUAUAAGUUUGUUGAUCCACUUGA